AACCGGUUUGCUAUCAUCCAGUCAGUGGUUGGUUGGUGGUCGAGGUAGAAACAGGUGAAAAGAAAGAGUCCAUCCAUCCAUUUAGCGUAUGUUCAUUGGUACUCCUCCCAAAGAACUUUUGGGCAACAGUCUGAACUUUAGAUUUGAAGAUGGCUAGUUCAUACGGAUUGCAUUCGGGAUAUUUUCAUCCCACCCUCCGGAAAUGGCAGGGCGGAGCUGGCACCACGAUUGCUCCCCACAAUCUGAUGCUACCCAUUUUUGUCGUGGAUGACGAGGAUGGGAUUGAGCCCAUUUCGUCCAUGCCCGGUGUUUUGCGAAUGGGUAUCAACACCAUGGCCGUUUUUCUGGAACCAUUGGUAGCCAAAGGCUUGGAAGCGGUUCUUCUCUUCUCCGUCACCAACAUAUUGAAGGAUGACACGGGCGAGAUUGGGGCCAAGCCAAGUAAUCCUACUGUGGGUGCCAUCAAGCGCAUCAAACGGGACUAUCCGGAUCUGCUGGUGGCGGUGGAUGUGUGCUUGUGCCCUUACACCAUUUCCGGACACUGUGGUGUGCUCAAGGACGAUGGCUUUAUUGACAAUGGAAGAAGUUUAAUUCAAAUCGUCAAAAUAGCCAAGAGUUUUGUCUUGGCCGGAGCCGAUGUGAUUGCACCAUCGGACAUGAUGGAUGGACGAAUCAAAGCCAUCAAAGAUAUGCUACAGACCUUGGGUUGUAUGAACCGGGUGUCAGUCAUGUCUUACUCGGUUAAAUUUGCAUCCGCAUUCUACGGUCCGUUCCGAGAAGCGGCUCAUUCCGCUCCAGCCUUUGGCGAUCGCAAGCGGUAUCAACUACCUUUGGCGAGUCGAGGAUUGGCCAUGCGAGCAGCCAAAAGGGACGAGGUGGAAGGAGCCGAUAUGCUUAUGGUAAAACCGGGCUUGGCUUACUUGGAUAUCGUACGUGAAGUCAAGGAUCGCCAUCCGGAAUUACCCAUGGCCAUCUAUCAAGUGUCGGGGGAAUACGCCAUGCUACAUCAUGGUGCUGCUGCAGGGGCCUUUGAUUUGAAGGCCAUUGUCAUGGAAACACUAACGGCAAUGCGACGAAGCGGGGCCGAUAUCAUCAUAACAUAUUUUACGCCACAAUUGCUGGAUUGGCUUAUGGAAAAAUAAAAGAACCCACAUCA